GAGCUCGCGAGGCGGGAGCUUGGUGCCUGGCAGCAAUCCGGGCAUGCGCCGCUGCCCGUCGUUCGCCUCUACUUCGUGGGCCAGGGCCGGGCCGGGAAGACUACCACGCUUAGGCGGCUGAAGGGUGAGCAGCCACGUGCUGACGAGAUUUCGACGUUCGGUGUCGACAUCUGGGCUGGAGAAGCUGGCAAGGAUCUGAAUUGCACGUGGAAGGAAAGCAAGACCUUACUCUAUGACCACACAGCUGUCCAGUGUCUCCGCAAGGAUAGGAAACUCAAGACAGAGCCGGUGACGAAAAAGAAAAGUCUUGGGACAGGUCCGACAAUCAAAAGGUCCAAAACCAUGAAAACUCCCGGAAAUCGGUCGAUCUUAGAAGAUUCUGAGAAGCACCGCGAGAUGCCACCGGCACCAGCCACGCCUAGCAUUCCAGGUGCCUUGCCUCCUUGCGACGAUGAGGCCGAUCAGAAAGACUAUGCUGUAAAGGGAGAUGAUCAAAACAUGACGGCAACGAAGAAGGGCGUUGGCUUUGAAGAUAGCAGUUCAGCCCGGGAGCAGGCUCCGACGAUUGAAUUCCGUGACGAAGCAACUUCUUCAUUUUGUGGAUCAACCUAUGACGCAUCUUCUUCAUUUUGUGGAUCAGCCUAUGAAGAGGAGCCUGAGCCUGAACUGCCAAAGGACAAGGGCGAGGCCUUGGUAGCACGUCCCAUCGGGGACUGGCUCGUGAAGAAAGUUGCAGAUGCUGCCAAAAACUCUGCGGAAGAGGACCCUGCGCUCCAGCCGCGGCUGCAGUGUUGGGACUUGCCUGGCCAAGAGGAGUACGCUCUCUGCAAUCUGCUCUACUUCCAGAAGUGCGGGAUCUAUGUCGCCUUCUGUGAUACCAGCCUGGACAUUGAGGAAGCCUGGCAUCAUUUGAAGUUUUGGUUAUGGGCCGUGGCCCUCUAUGCUGUUGACGCGAAGUUGGGGUCAGAUGGGGCUCCUCCUGUCCUGGUCGUUGGGACGAAGUGGUCCCAGAGUCACGAGACCUUUAAUGCAGAUAAGAUCAAUCGCCGCAUUGAUGACUUGCUACUGCAGCUGCCUCGUUUGCGACAGUAG